GGAUUCUGAAGAAUUGAUCUUAUAUUUUUUUCAUUAAUGAAUUUCUGGUAUUCGUGUUAAUUUCAUAAGAGCAUCAGAGAUACUAAUUUGUUCUAAUAUUCUGUGCUAGUCUUCCUAGAUUUUCAGAAAUAUUUAAUUAAUUGUGUAGGCGGCCAAUUCAGCUAUGGCGGAGGAGGAGAGAGAACGUGGCAGUAGCGACAGUAGCCCCAUUAUAAAGAUUUUCCGGGAGCGCAAGGUGGCGGACAUUCCCUGCUACCGCUCGACGUUCCUGGCGAGCACGAGCGCCGGUCUGGCGGGCACGAUGGCUUACUUCCUCUUCACCUCCAAGAUGAAGGAGGCGUUCAGGGCCGGCAUUGGUGUCUUUACGGUCGUUACGUUGGCAUACUGGUCGUAUUGCCGGUACAAUUAUGCAAAAUCGCAACAACCUUACGAGCAGCUGACGCAAGCAUUACAACGGCACCGUGUCCAAAAUGACGACCACGAAGAUGGAUGAAGGUUGGCAGGCUUUAAAUUUACGUGAUGUAAGUAAAAUGUGAUUUUAUAUGCUUCUUAAUACUCGAAACCAUCGUUGCAGGAAUAAGUGUAACGUGGAUAGAGAAUAUUUCUUUACAUUUUGCAAAUAAUGUUUCCAUUAGAAUGGUAUAAUGGCAGAUUCAGCUUAAUUACAAUUUGUUGCAACGUAUGACUAGUAUGUACAAAAUGAAGAGUGAACGAUCUUUGGUAGAGUGCUGAACGUGCUGUAUUUGUCUCAGUGGCAAGGAAACCGAGUCAUUCAAAUUGAAAAGUUAUAGCAUAAAACCAUAGAAUCCGCGACGAUGCGAAAAUGAGUACUGGAUGCCUAUUCCUUUUUGAUAUUUGUAAGAAAACAAUGAGGUUGACCAAACGUGAGGACUGAAGGUCCUAAUUGUAUUGUAAUAUAAUACAGUUGUUAAACGUGAUCUUCACGUGUUUAGUCACGUGUUACUAUAGAAGACUUGAUACUUCAGGAAGGUCAGACCCCAAGAUUUAGAAUAGAAUAGAAGUGUCGGCGUUGAAGAAAUAGGCCCAUGGAAUGAAUAAAGAUUCAGUUGGCUUUGUAUGUUUGAUUAGCUCCAUGAUUAUAAUUAGGAUCGUCGAUAUUAUCAGUGAUAAAUUCGGGGAGGUCAUUUCCAGAAAGCUCACCUGUUCUUAUUUCCUUCACUGUUCAAAUUGCCAAAUCCAAACUGAAAGCUGAAUUAGUAAAGUUGCAACUAUUUUAUCAAUAUUACAAAUUCGGUUUGCGGUCAUGAUUACCGGAGAAAUACAUUUUAUUGCUCUUCCAAAUUAUUUAUACGGAAAGGAGAAUAACAGUUUUAAUUAGUUUCCAAUCAUGACCUGAACCCAAAACCUCAAUAUGGCCUAGUUUACAUUUGAUUUUUCGCUACGAGGUACUGCAAAAAUACGAUGUUCCUUAUAUUAAGCUAAUAUCCGAAGGUAUUCUGUCGCAGGUAUCGUUCAAACAAGAUAGUAUGUGGUGAAACGUGCGUCAUACAGCAGGCAGCUACAGCUGAAAACGCUUAUGCUGUAAGGCUUUCAUGGUUCUAUCAGAAUUCCAAGGUUCUAUAAAUACGAUAGUAAACUGUACAAGAAUUUUCCUUAAAAUUACUGCACAUAUUCUUAUUGGUUGUUUGAAGACGGAAUUUACGACCAAGAAAUAAACCACCAUAUUUAAUAGAAUUAAUAAGGUGAAUACGUUGACUUCCAUAGGAGUUUGAAGCCAUCCUUACAUCCAUAUUUCCCACACUAAAGUAUAUUUUUUACCUGACUCAUG